AACCGACUCGUAGACCAGCUAUAAAUUGCGCAUUAAAUGCAUUUCAACUUUAAUUUAUAUAACGCUAGUUAGUUAAAUAAAAAACGACGCUAAUUCCGGACUAAAAGGAGAACUGACCGGCGGUGACGUUUUGACCUUGUGGGCGUGAACAUGUGCCCGUGCAUGACCACGCGUGAUUGCAGCACACCACGUCAGUCCGGUUAAUGUUUUUCACGCUUAAAGGAUGGCGGACAGCGAAUCCAUCAAGAAGAUGUUACGGUCUGUUCUACAGUCCAGUAAGGCUGGUGUGUCCAUCGGCACUCUCCAGUCAGAGUACCGGUCGCUGUGCGGAGAGGGCAUCCCGCUGAGGGCGCUGGGCCACUCAAAGCUGGAGGACUACCUCAGCAGCAUCCCCUCUGUGGUCCGCUUGGAGAACCGCAUGGGUGAGAUAAAAUGCUUUGCCGCGGUGUGCCAAGAGACGGCUCACAUUGCCGAGCUGGUGGCCAAGCAGAAGAGCUCCAAGAAAUCUGGUCGCUCCCAAGUUGUUAACUGCAGGAUGAGAUACAAACCUUCAAACCCAUACAUGCUUAAUGUGAGGCCAAAGUCCUCUCUCCGCCAACCAACAGCCUUUGGGGACUUCAACUCGCAAGCAAACCGCCCUUGGUCUCAUGGAGGCAACAGAGGCUUCAGUGCUUCAGCAGACUACAGGCAGUUGGACCAGAGGUUAAGCUUUGCCACCCCUGUCGAGCACAGACAACCGGCUCCUCAAACAGCUGUAAACCAGCGUUUGAUGCCUGACAGGAAAGAGAAGAACUCUGUGAACUGUCAGAAACCCAAAGAAAAUUUCAAAGAGAUGCCUCCUGAACAAGACUCUGGACUCGACCAAUCCCAGUCGUCACUGUAUGACGUGGAGCUGGUGCAGAGCAGAAUAACUCAGCUCCUGAAGAAGUACCACAGUGGAUUGUGGAUGUCAAAACUACCGGGAGUGUACAGUGAAAUGUUCAAUCACAAGCUUCACCCUCAGGCGCUGGUUGAUCUGGAAAAGUGGACCCACAUCACUAUGGUGGAGAAACCUCCCUGCACCAAUCGAGUUGACCGCCUGAUCUACCCCCCCGCGCCUCCCAAGCUGAAUGCUGUUCCUACCAGAAACACCCCCAACGUGCCACUAACAUUACCCACUGAUUCAAAAACCCACACCCCGGUUGCUCCUUCACGGCCCGCUACACCUGACCAACCCUACGCCCCGUGCCCUCAUUCUCCGGUCUCCAAACCAAGAGGAUCUCGCCAAAACCCCUUGGCUCACCCGACUUUCCUUUUUCCUCCGCAACCGGUCGCUGCCCCUCCCUGCAAACCAUUCAAUUCAGUCACGUUGCGCAGCCCCGCCCGCAACCCAGCUCUGGCUUCGCAGCGCCCCACCCGUGUUAAUCCUGCAGUCAACUCCAACGGGGAAUGUAAACCCAAUCAGAACCUGCACGUGAAUAACCACAACAGAAACGGUGUGACCGUAGCAUCCAACUGGACUUCCCCGGCCAGCGCUACUGCGUUCGCGUCUCCCCUCCACCCUGUCCCUGGAGUUUUACCUCUUAUGAAGGGCACUUUCUCCCCUACCUCUGAUUCUGUCCCAUGUCCUUCCUCGAAGUCUUCUUCUUCUUCUUCUUCUUUUGCUGUGUCUGCUGAGAUGCGGCAGAGAAUAAAGGAGCUUCUGUCCAAGUACAGUCAGGGUCUGUGGGCCCACGCUUUUCCCAAACUCUUUAUGGACACGUACAAGACGCCCUUCCCUGAAUAUAUCCUGGACAACUUGUCUGUCUUGCGGGAUAUAUUCACUGUGGAGUACCCCAUGCCGCAUGACAAGAGGAAGGCCAUAUUAUAUAACUCCAGAACAGCUGACAUUGAAGCCACACCAGGUCAUGAAAGCCAGUCGUGCAAAAGCUGCCCCCUUCCCUCGGGUCUGGAGGUCCUGGGUCCCGUGGUGCCUCCUGGUCUGGUUCUUCCCUCGGAGCAGUACCCCUCUGUUCUGGUCACUAAUGUCAAAGGAAGCAAUGAGGUUACUAUAAGGUAUGUAGGUGCGAAUUACUCAGUCGCCCUGGACGCCAUGGAGGAAGCCAUGCAGUCCUUCUACAGCCAAAGCUCCACCCACCAGCCUCUUCCUGAACCUGUUGUUGGUCAACUAGUAGCAGUCCGAGGGGAGGAUGGAGAUGAGCUGGCAAGAGCUCAGGUCAUUGGUGUCAUUCCGCCUAACCAGUUUAAGGUGUACUAUGUGGACUAUGGCUUCUCUAUGGAAACCAGUGGGACUAAUCUGCUGCAGCUGCACCCGAACUUCCUCUCUCUGCCCUUCCAGGCGAUUAGUGUUGGACUCGCAGGCCUGGAGGCGUUCAGCUCCGAUUCAAAGGUGCUCUCUCCUUUGCACAAGUUAGAAGCCAAGAUUCUGCUGAUGGAGAAAUUAGAGCCCUGUCGAGAGAAUGAGACGCCUGUUGUAGUGCUGUACGACACAUCGCAGGACGAUGACGUCAACAUCAACUCCAUUUGCCUGAAGGCUCUCCAGGACGUGACCAUGAGCAACCCUCUGACUGUAAAUGCCGAGUAUGAUGGUGUGCGCGUCACAGAUGUGUGUGCAGAUGGUCUCAUCUACUGCCAGCUGCCCUCCAUAGGAACCGCGAGACUCAGCAAGUUGCUGGAAAAAACGGAGAGCUUCUUCAUUUCCCAGAUGACUUCUGAGUUGCUGGUGUCCAGACCUUUCAGUGGCAAGAUCUGUCUGUCCUGCUACAAAGGAAUGUGGUUCAGAGUGGAGAUCACCAACAUCUAUGGAAACAGAGUGAUUGAGAUCCUUUUCAUGGACUUGGGUGUCGCAGCAACUGUAGAGGUCACUGAUCUCCGAGAGAUCCCCCCUCUUCUCCUCAAACACUUCAUCAGCAUCCCACCGCAGGCUAUCAAAUGUCGCCUGGCUGACGUCACAGUUCCAGAGGGAGACUGGAGCCCGGAGGCCGUUCUGUGGGUGAAGGCGGCUGUGAUGGACCCAAAGGACUGUAAAAUGAAGAUCUUGAAAUUGGAGGAGCACAAAGAGGGCCGACUGGUCUACAUGUACCUCUUCGUUGGUACCGACAGUCAGGAGCUGGACAAGAGCAUCAACCACCAGCUGGCCCAUGCAGAGUGGUGGCAGACACUCGCAUCCCACAACAACAAUAACAACGUCAUCAGCAGCAGCGGAGACAAGGGUCUCAGUGCUCUAGUAGAGAAGUUGACUCUGAGCGGCCUGGAGCCGAGCCCCAUCACCAAAUCGCCAAGCGCGGCUCUUCAAGAUGCAGAGGUCUUAUCUACUGCUGUAGAUGUGACUACCAAGACACUUCCACUGCCUCCCCCUCUGGAGCUGCCCCAGCCUGGUCAGAAUAUGGAUGUGUUCGUGCCAGUGGCAUGCCACCCUGGUUACUUUGUGCUGCAGCCUUGGCAGGACCUGCAUAAACUGGUGGUGUUGAUGGGGGAGAUGAUGCUCUAUUAUAACCAGACGAUGAACACCAACUCGGCCCCAAGCAUCCUGAAAGAACAAAUAUACGCGGCCAAAAUUGACAAGAAUUGGCAUCGAGUGCAGGUGAAGGGGAUUCUGACCAACGGGUUGGUUUCUGUGUUUGCAUUGGACCACGGCAAACAUGAGCUGGUCCGCAGUACCCUCCUCAGGCCCUUGAUCGAGGAAUUCAGACAGCUGCCCUUCCAGGCCAUCACUGCACAACUUGCAGGUGUGACACAGAAGCAGUGGUCAGAGGAGGCCGCCAUGUUAUUCAGGAACCACGUGGAGGAUAAAGCGUUGGUGGCCCAGGUGGACAGCGUGGCAGAGGUUAAAAGCCAGCUGUGGCAAUGCAGGUUGACCGUUUACCUGGUGGACACCACGCUGGACAAGGACUUCUGGAUUCACAGCAUGAUGACCGACGUCUGCAGUGAGCUGUCUUCGGCCGCUUAGGAUGCCUUCUGGUGCAUGUUGGUAAAAGAACCAGCAGUUUAACAGCAAGUUUAUUUUUUUGUUUUUAUUUUCUAAAAAAUUGGGAUGCUGACAAGUGAACUUUGGAAGUCAAACGUCAUUUAGUCUGGUUCAUGUAAACAUUUUGCCGAGGGUUAUAUCAACCCGAGGGAGAUGUUUUGUUCUGAAUUUGCAGAUGCUUACAUGAGGCGUAGGGGCUCCAGUAAGUACAGUUGUACUCAAAAUGAAUGAGAAUAGAAGGACAAUACCCUACGCCCUUAAAAAAUAUAUAUAUUUUAUAUACAUACAUUUCUAUUCAGUCUUUAUUGUGAAACAAACCAGUGCAGUCAAGUUUUCAGUUAAUUCAGUCAAGUUUUCAGUUAAGUCGUGUGUUGCAUGCUUUAGGUUUUUCUUAAAUAUAUUUCUCCAUGUAAUUUAUUUUUGUUCGUUCAUGUUUUGCAUCUUAUGCACGCAAUGGUGUCUCAUUUUGCAGUUAAUUCUUUGUUUGUAUAUAGGUUUUUACAGUAACUCAAUUUAAAUAGCUUAAUUGCAUGAAUCUAUGUUAAUAUAUAAAUUUGUUUAAACAUCACUGAUGGGAAUCUUGUUACUUGGCUUGAAAAGAAUAAAGACAGUACUAUUUCUAGUGUUUCAAUACAACAUGUUGUUCACAUGGUUUUGUUCAAUAAAAACAAGCCAAAGGAGGAUGUACUUUGAAUGAAAGCUUUAAACCGUGUGCUGUUGUAAAGUUGAAAGUGUGUCUCUCAUCAGUAAUGACUGUUUGCCAUGACUAGCACAGGGAACUUUUAACUUAAUUUGACAGGAUGAGAACCCGAAUUACAGCACUAAGUGUCACUUGUUUCCUGCCCCGAGAGCUGACUAAAUGCCAAAUCUAACUGUGAUCACGAUCUAUUGUACUGUAGGCCUCAUGCUAAUCUAUUGCUAAGCUAAAUAUGUAUAUGUAACUGAACCUUUGGACUUUCCUGGAGUCACAGCUCCUAACUAGACGGAUACAA